CGUAUAAAACCCGAGAAGGUGAAGUUCGCUGACGAGCGGCUGAAGGAUAAUAGCUACCAGUCCAAAGGAGGCCCGCAGAACGACUAUGGCGACAAGGCGCAUCGCGACUUGAUCGUCACCAGGGGUGCUGGGUUCAGGAAGGAGAAGAAUAAAAAGAAGAGGGGGAGUUACAGGGGUGGAGAGAUUACGAUGGAGAGCCAUAGUAUCAAAUUCACCGAUUAG